AUGGAUGGAAUGGAAAAUUCUAUACCUACUCAAAAUGACCAAGCAAAUUUUAUUGGAAAAGUUUGUGCCUACUUGGAUCCCCACAUGACCCAAAUCAUUUUCGCUUGGCUCAGUGAAAACAAAGUUUUAAAGCAAGAUGAAUUAGAUAAACAAUUAGCAUUAAUAAAUGAAGGAUGUGAAAAAGAAAUUGUUAGUAUUGAAAAUGAAUUUACAAAUGGGAACAGGGGUGUUAUAUCAAAUUGCUUAGAUAGUUUAGAAAUUGAAAUCGAAGAAUUUCAAGAAGCAAUGAAUGAAUAUAAAAAUGAUCAAUUAAAUAAAAUUGGAGGUUCGGUUGAAAAAAAAAGUAUAAUGGGUUUAAGAGAAUGGUGUAAUACAUAUUUAAUAGAUAAAAAUAAAACAUAUAAAUUUUCAGACAAUAUUGAUGAUAAAAUAUUAAAAUUAAGUAGAUAUUAUUAUCAAAAAAAAGAUUAUCAAAAAAGUAAACAACAUUUAUUAUUAUAUAUAUUAAAUAUAUCUGAAAUAAUUAUUAAUAUAUCUGAAUCACCAAAAAUGAGAAUAUGUUAUUGGGGUAUUAUUAGUAAUAUUAUAAAUAGCUUUUUUCUAAAUAUAAAUAAUGAUGAAUAUUUAUUUACUGUUAAUGAUGAUAAUAAAACAAUUAUAAAAGAAGAAAUCAUAAAUGAAAUAAAUGUAUGUGUAGAAACUAUUAUAAAAUUAAGUCAAUUAUUAAAUAAAGAAAAAGUUACAAAACAUGAAAUUAUUUUACAAAGAAGUUGGUUAAUACAUUGGGCACUUAUUUUAAUCUUUCAUUUUUUUAUGCAUGUAAUGUAUGUAAAAAAUAUAUAUCCUAAAAAUAAUACAUUUUCAGUUUUACAAGAUUGGUUUAUUGAUGAAAAAAAUCUAUCAAUACUUAAUUUAAUAUGCCCACAUAUAAUUAGAUAUUAUUGUGUAUAUGCAAUAUUUUAUCGUAAUAGAAAAGAUCAUUUUGAGCUUAUAUUAAAUACAUUAAAUUUAUUAAAAUCAAAAUAUACUGAUUCAUUUACUUCUUUACUAAUCUCAAUCUUUACCGAUUAUAAUUUUAAUUUGGCACAAAAAUGUAUAUCAGAAAUUGGAAAUAUAUGUCAAAAUGAUGUUUUUUUAUUUAAAUUAAAACCAUAUAUAGAAGAACAAAGCAGAUUUAUUAUGUUUGAAACUUAUUGUCGUAUACAUAAAUCUAUUAAUAUUGAUAUGCUAGCUAAUCAAGUUAAUUUACAAAGAGAUGAAGCUGAAAAAUGGAUUGUUAAUCUUAUUAGAAAUGCAAAAUUAGAUGCCAAAAUUGAUAGUGAAAAAAAUUGUAUAGAAAUUUCUACUACCCCACCAAACCUAUAUCAACAAGUUAUUGACAAAACACAAAAUCUAACUAUGAGAUCAAAUUUUUUAGUUCAAAUGCUAAACAGAUCAUCAUCCGAUGAACAUUUUCAAAAAUAUAUUAAAUUUAAAAAUAAAAAUGAAAAAAAUAAAAAUAAACGAAGCAAACAAUAUAACAAUAAUUCCAUGUAUGGUAACGCUGGAAAGGAUAAUCAAAAAAUGGUUGCUGCAAAUAUUUAA